AUGACAACUGGGUUUGGAAACUCAACAUCUACCGAACAGGUGUUGAGUAUGGAGCCUUUUAUGGGGCCCGUAGAAGCAAGACCAACUGUCCACUUUCUACUCUCUGACAAUGUGAAUUCACAUGAAUUUUCCCUUUCUUACGAUAUUCUCACGCCGAUUGCGGAGCUUGUAAUCAUGCGUCUCCUCCCCCAGAGUGAUACGACGAACCGGGGAUACAAUCGAGUGGAUACCCGGACCCGACAAGGGAUCGUUAGUGCUGCGUUUCAAGUUUUCGGAGCUCCGAGAGGCAGUGUGGAUUUCACACGCCCUCCCUUCAGCCAUAUCAUUCUCUUCCACCCGCUUUUAGUAUUGAAGCUUCAACAGCAGUACACAAAUCUCUUCUGCAUCAUCCUGUACCAAACAUCAGUGAACAUGAGUGCAAUUCGCAAUGGGCGGUCGUCGACACCUCUCAAACGUCCGGUCGGACCUAGAUCCCAAUCUGCAGACACCGCCGUGAAAACCCAGUAUGAUCCUUCCUCCUCUCAAGUCCGGGAAGAGGGUGUGAUAUCAGAGAGCAGUCCACAACCGAGCAUAGAGGGGACUCCAAGACCGCGUGUUAGCUCAUUUCCAACCACGCCAACGGGCAGAAGCGCCGAGAUUGAUAAUUGGAAGCCAAGUCUGCAAGAUGAACCAAGAGGUUUGAACUUCCUUUCGACCAAUCAACACCCGUCAAAUAUAUUCCCCACCUUCGCGGUCGAUCAAGUUGUAGAAGAUUUCUCAUCCGACAGCGAUGGGUCACUGUUUGAUGUGGGAGAUACACCCAGCAUUUUGUACCCGCUCAUACCCAAUCGACGAACAUCAAGUGUGCGGCGCAACCGGGACCCAAAGCCAGUGCAUAACCGCAUUGAGACCGAUAGCGAGGCGGAGCACUCCUCGGGCUCAGGUUCAACAUCAUCAGGCCGUUCCCUUCGGGUCCCCCCAGUACUCCGCACUGCUUUUAGGUCAAUGAGCUCCAUUCCAAAAGCUAUGGUCAACAUGAGGUCUCGCAAAGGAGGGAGCCAAAUCCCUCCUGACGGCAAGAAAUCAAUGCCGACAAACACCCCUCCCAAUUCAGAUUGGGAUGACGAUGGGCUUGAAGAAUCUUACACCAGCCAAAUCGCGGCAAACGUAAAUCCUUUUGAGGAGAAACAUCACCAAACAGGGAUCAAAAAUGAAGUGAGUUUAGGAACAUACAAAUACAAAGUGUCCAAGGUUGCCACACCGCUCAACGAUACCGACCUUCCCCAAGAUGCUUCUCGUUCACUGUCUGCGCCUCGCGCAUCUGCCACAGCAGGAGGAGACAAACACAAUGGAAUAGCUCAUGGAUAUCCUGGUUCAGAGGAAGACCAAAAAGGCCAUGCUGCCACUCACACGGAUGACAUGACUGACCUCGCGACGCUCCCUAUUCAAAAUGAUGAGUCUGAUGGUCCAGUCACUACUUCAAGUCAUGGGGACCCAAUUUCAGCUGUUACCAAUCCCGACUGGAGACGAGCGAACAAUCUGGCUCCACUGACCCGGGACUACCUGGAUGCUCUACAGAAGAGAAACACAAGCUUGACAGAGUUCAGACACAACUGA